CUUCAUAAAAAUCUUGAACGGACGAAUGAAAGGAGGGGAGAAGUGAAAAGACACAAGGAACAACUUGCUGCGCUUCAACAGAAACUGGAGUGCUAUAAAAACUUUGGCUCAGGACCUGUCAAAUAUCCUCUGGCGGACAUGCUUCAGUUUGUUCUUGAGUUUGCUACUACAAAACCCACGAGUGUCUCUCCAGCUACUGAGGAGAUGAGACCAUCUACAGCCUCGCCAACUCCUCCUGCUAGCUUCCCCCACAGUGAAGCCAGAGACAGCAGUGAACCCGGGGAGGCAGAUUUACUGGAUGGUUUGGCUUGUGGUGUUUCCACCUGCCAACGAACACCCAUCUACAAACCUUUCACCCAGUGUAGACCCCUCAUUGACUGCCCGCCACACCCAGCACCUCACAGCAUCACCGAGGAAGAGCUGCACUUUGUGAAAACCUGCCUGCAGCGAUGGAGGACGGAAGUGGAGAACGACAUAAAUGAGCUAAAGGCCACCAUUGAGAAGGUCUCUCAGACCCUGGAGGGCAUUUACUCAGACAACAGUCUCUGUCAG